UGGCAGAUACUCAAAGUGAAAGUAAAAGUCAGAGCCGCCUUUUAAAGAGGAACAUAACAGACUAAUGGAGAAAAGCAGGAGAAAACGUUCCAAAAUGAUGAAGAAAAAGAAUUCAGACCCACCAGAACCCAGCUGUGUGUCCAUGAAGACCGACAAUUCAAUGGAUCAUCCACUUUUCUUUAGUGAUCGCAAAGGUCCUACCGAUAUUAGAGCACAAAAGAAGAAAUUCUACCGAAAUCAAGUAGAGUCCAUAUUCAAGGAUGUGGAAGAGAAAGUCAUUACACUGUUAAAAAAUGAGCUGAAGAGGUUUAAGAAACUUCUGAGUCCAGAUUACCCAGCAUGCACUGAGGGGGAGAUGAAUAAUGAGGAGGAUCUGCACAGUGUCAGAGAGGGAGCGCUGAAGAUCACACUGCAUGUCCUGAAGAACAUGAACCACACAGAUCUCGCUAACACACUGUACAAAAAGCUUUAUCCAGUCAUUGCAGUUGAGCAAACAUUCAAAUCCAGCCUGAGAGAGAAGUUUAAAAGAGUUAAUGAAGGAAUCUCACAGCAUGGAAGUUCAGCACUUCUGAAUGAGAUCUACACAGAGCUCUACAUCACAGAGGGUUGGAGUGGAGACGUUAAUAAAGAACAUGAGGUGAGACAGAUUGAGACAGUGUCCAGGAGACCAGCAACACAGGAGACACCCAUCAAAUGUAACAAUUUUUUUAAAGACAAGUCCAUCAGAAGUGUGCUGACUAAAGGAGUUGCUGGAAUUGGAAAAACAGUCUCUGUGCAGAAGUUCAUUCUGGACUGGGCUGAAGGAAAAGCAAAUCAGAACAUCACCUUCAUGUUUCCACUUCCCUUUAGAGAGCUGAAUCUGAUUAAGCAGAAACAUCUCAGUCUGAUGGAUCUUCUUCAUCACCUUUUCCCAGAAAUAAGAAAACUAGAAUUAAUAGACUGUGACUCCUACAAAGUGGUGUUGAUCUUUGAUGGUCUGGAUGAGUGUCGACUUCCUCUAAAUUUCCAGAACAAUGAGAUACUGAGUGAUGUAACAGAAUCAGCCUCAGUGGAUGUGCUACUGACAAACCUCAUUAAGGGGAAUCUGCUUCCCUCUGCACAACUCUGGAUCACCUCUCGUCCAGCAGCAGCCAAUCAGAUCCCUCCUGAGUGUGUAGGCCAGUUAACAGAGAUACGAGGGUUCAGUGAUCCUCAGAAAGAGGAGUACUUCAGGAAGAAGAUCAGUGAUCAGAGCCUGUCCAAUAAAAUAAUCACACACAUGAAGUCUUCAAGAAGCCUCCACAUCAUGUGCCACAUCCCAGUCUUCUGCUGGAUCUCAGCCACCGUUCUAGAGAGAAUGUUGGGUGAAGCAGAGAGUGGAGAAAUCCCCAAGACUCUGACUCAAAUGUUCACACACUUUCUGAUCUUUCAGAUCAAACACAAGGAUGAAAAGUACCAUCAGAAAUGUGAUUCUGAUCCUCAGCAGACCAGAGAGAGCAUCCUGGCACUGGGAAAACUGGCUUUCUACCAGCUGGAGAAAGGAAACCUAAUUUUCUAUGAGGAAGACCUGAAAGAGUGUGGCAUUGAUGUGAGAGAAGCUUCAGUGUACUCAGGAGUGUGUACUCAGAUCUUCAGAGAGGAAUUUGGGCUUCACCUGGAGAAGAUUUUCAGCUUUGUACAUCUGAGUGUUCAGGAGUUUCUGGCUGCUUUUUACACGUUUUACACCUUUAUCACUAGAAAUCUAACAAAACAACAAACCACUGAUCUGUCUGAACUUUUUAUCAAAUCAAACAUGUCUGAGUUCCUCAGGAGUGCAGUGGAAAAGGCCUUACAGAGUGAGAAUGGACACCUGGACCUGUUCCUCCGCUUUCUUAUGGGUCUCUCACUGGAGUCCAAUCAGACUCUCUUACGAGGUUUAAUGCCACAGACAGGAAGUAGCUCUCGCAGCAAACAGGAAACAGUCGAGUACAUCAAAGAGAAGAUCAGAGAGAAUCCAUCUCCAGAGAAAUCCAUCAAUCUGUUCCACUGUCUAAAUGAACUGAAUGAUCAUUCUCUAGAGCAGGAAGUUCAGCAGUACCUAAACAGAGAAUAUUACUGUAGUCUCAGUGGAACCAGACUCUCUCCUGCUCAGUGGUCUGCUCUGGUGUUUGUGUUACUAAAUUCAGAACAGAAGCUGGAUGUGUUUGAAUUGAGAAAAUAUGAUCCGUCAGAUGAAUGUUUUCUAAAGCUGCUGCCGGUGGUCAAAGCCUCCAGAAAUGCUGAUCUGCAUCUGUGUAAACUUACAGAGGAAAGCUGUAAAACUUUGUCCUCAGUUCUCAGCUCAAACUCCUCCAGACUGAGAGAACUGGACCUGAGUAAUAAUUAUAACUUGCAGGAUUCAGGAGUGAAGCUGCUCUCUGUUGGACUGAAGACUCCACACUGUAAACUAGAGACACUGAAGUUGUGUGAUUGUGAGCUGACAGAGGAAAGCUGUAGAACUCUGUCCUCAGUUCUCAGAUCAAACUCCUCCAGACUGAGAGAAUUGAACCUGAGUGACAAUAACCUGCAGGAUUCAGGAGUGACGCUGCUCUCUGCUGGACUGGAGACUCCACACUGUACACUGGAGAUACUGAGUCUGUGUGGGUGUAAUCUGACAGAGGAAAGCUGUAAAGCCCUGUCCUCAGUUCUCAGCUCAAACUCCUCCAGACUGAGAGAACUGAACCUGAGUCACAAUAACCUGCAGGAUUCAGGAGUGACGCUGCUCUCUGCUGGACUGGAGACUCCACACUGUACACUGGAGAUACUGAGGAUGAGUAACUGCAGGAUUACAGAUAAAGGAUGUUCUGCUCUGACUUCAGCUCUGAGGGUAAAUUCAUCAUCACACCUCAGAGAACUGAAUCUGAAUCUGAAUCUAAAUAUAACCAGAGAGUCAGGAGUGAAGCUGCUCAAUGAUCUGGUGAAGGAUCCACACUGUAACCUGAAGAAGCUAUAUCGUUUCUCCACACAGGAAUGAUGUAUGAUGUUUUUCUGCUCGACAAAGAAAUCAUUAAUUUCAGGAUCAUUUUUCAUUCUCUAUAAAACACUGAUUCUGGUUUGAAUCUUUGUUCACUGUGGUUUUACCCCAAAACAAAUAUCAUGUUGUAUAAAACUAACACCUCAUUGAGUGUAUAUUAAAAGCCGUAGCUGAGUCUUUACUGUGAACAUCUCAGCUCACGUCUCUGAGAACUCUCCUCAUCACAUCAUUUCCUCUGACUGAACCUAUCACCUGAAGCUAAACAACGGAGAAGCUGCUGAAUUUCAUCACAGAGUCUCAGAUAAACACAAUCUGCAUUUGAGUGUUAAUUUAUGAGAGAAAAAACACUGAAUGAGCUCAGCUAUAAACACUGUAUUUUUAAUACUGUAUAAACUUGUACAUAAACAUCCAACUUUAAUAACUGAA